AUGCUUGAGAUUCCACCUCCUCCGCCUCCGAAACCGCGUGUCGUCCUGCCGUGGUCCGAGUAUGAUCCUGGCUUGCUCAACGGAGACGGCGUUGCCGUCCGCAAGUGUAGCACUGACUACCUUGCCUCUAUUUACAAGACGUGCUUGGACACGUACCGUCCGAAUGAAGUCAAUCUUUCUCCGGAGGAAGCAGAACGCUUGACUGAAAGUGUUCGCCAUGAGCUGACUAGGCUUACCUCUCAUCCUGAUCUUUUCCCCACGCCCACCGCCCAUGAACGCUUUUUCAAACUCCUCCAGGAAAGCGUUGCUAGAGUGGUCAAGAAGCGUCAGGACAAAGAGAACGAGUCCAUUGAAGAGAGUAUCCGUCUCCGUGCCAACAUUCUUGCUAGAGAGGAGGAAGAGAUCUUACAGGAAAUCAACCGCCCUUCCUUUAAGCCCGGGCUAAAGCCUUGGGAACAAUUCCUUUUGAAGGGUAGCCCUGGCAGUGGCGUUGUACUUCCCCCAGAUCCUCCAAACGGCUAUGUGCAGAUGAUGCCAAUAGGGGGAGUGGCACUCCACUUGAGGUGGUUAAGAGAAAACUAUACGGCUUCUAAAGAAUAUGCGGAGGCAAGUCAAAUAACCCAAUUUUUGUCAAACCCCCCUUCAGCUGACUCUUCUACCGAAGCCCGAGACCCUGAGGAAACAAUCUCUCUGACACCCAAUCCCUAUUUCGAGGUACGUAUGGUAUGCCUAAAUAUCAGCAUCUACUUAGACGACCUGACACCUUUCAAGCGGCGUAUGCCCAUCCCAAAGCAUGAUCGCGUUAUUGAUCGCUUAGAGAGUUUUAAUGCUCUUAUUGUCCGCACUAAUAAUGACAAAGAACGCCUCGAAGGUGAGGAGCCCACGAAUUAUAAUGGUGAUCCCUCCGGUGUUAGAGCCAUGCUCUACCGCACAAUCGUGGAAGAUAUCCCAGACAAUACCGAGGAAAACGUUGCUUAA